AACCACAACUCAUUGGAAUCUCGUUAGCAUCAAUUCACUUUUGCAACAAAACCACAUUAGCCUAUACACACACACACUCCCAUCUCAUGUAUGUAUUCAUAUGACCCUGUAAUAACAUGUGAAACCUCCCUUUCUUGUCCAAAUUGAUUCCCACAAUCCCACUCCACCACUCCUUUAUUAGCCCACCACUCUUUCAUCAUCAUCAUCUUCUUCUUCUCCCGAGUUUUUCGCGGCCAUGGCGACCAAGAAGCUCUACGAAUCCUUCUCCAAGACCCUAAUCGACGAAGCCCACAAAUGGGGGUGUAUGAAACAGACCGGAGUGAGCCUACGUUACAUGAUGGAGUUUGGGUCAAGGCCCACUGAUCGGAACUUGUUGAUUGGGGCCCAGUUUCUGCACAAAGAGCUGCCCAUUAGGAUUGCGAGAAGGGCUAUUGAGCUGGAGACUCUGCCUUAUGGGCUUUCUCAGAAGCCUGCUGUCUUGAAGGUACGUGAUUGGUAUUUGGAUUCCUUCAAAGAUAUUAGAUCGUUUCCUGAAAUCAAGGACACAAAUGAUGAGCUGGAGUUUACAAAUAUGAUAAAGAUGAUCAAGGUGAGACACAAUAAUGUUGUCCCAACGCUGGCCCUAGGGGUCCAACAGCUAAAGAAAACUCUGGAUCCGAAGAUUGAAUAUGAGGGUCUUGACGAAAUUCACCAGUUUCUUGAUCGUUUCUAUAUGUCCAGAAUAGGAAUUCGUAUGCUUAUUGGUCAACAUGUGGAAUUGCACAAUCCCAAUCCUCCUCCUGAUGUUGUAGGCUACAUCCAUACAAAAAUGUCUCCUUUGGAAGUAGCAAGAGGUGCCAGUGAGGAUGCUCGCAGCAUUUGUUUAAGAGAAUACGGCAGUGCACCUGAUUUUAGCAUCUAUGGAGAUCCUAAUUUUAAUUUCCCGUAUGUUCCGACACAUUUGCAUAUGAUGGUUUUUGAGUUGGUAAAAAACUCUCUCCGAGCUGUCCAGGAGAGAUAUAUGGACUCGGAUAAGAUUGCACCUCCUGUUCGAAUAAUUGUAGCCGAUGGCUCAGAAGAUGUCACGAUUAAGAUAUCUGAUGAAGGGGGUGGAAUAGCAAGAAGUGGUCUCCCGAAAAUUUUUACAUAUCUCUACAGCACUGCAAAAGACCCGCUAUGUGAGCAGCCAGAUCUGGAAACUGCUAAUAUGGCCACAAUGGCUGGUUAUGGGUAUGGGCUUCCAAUAAGUCGCUUGUAUGCCCGAUAUUUUGGUGGGGAUCUGCAAAUUAUCUCUAUGGAAGGAUAUGGGACAGAUGCUUAUCUUCAUUUAUCUCGUCUGGGUGAUUCUCAGGAACCCUUACCAUAAGCUAUCACCGAAAAUAUAGCUAUUGCUGGAGACCUCUGUAUAUACCACAGCAGUAAUAUUGGAUGUGCGCAUUGCAUUCAAGUAUUUAUUUCAAAUUUGACACAUGGUAGAUGCUGAAUAUCCAAAUAAGGAGACCUCACUUUCCUCUUUUUGCACAUUCUAUGGGGAAUAAGCAAUUUGCUUAACAAAAUUGGAGUCGUCGUGCCAGUCUUUUGUAUCUAUACUAACUAUUGUGCAGAUCAUAAACAUUGACUGUGGUAUGUAGAUUUCACAGUAUUAGACCAUAUAGAGGAUAGAGCUGAAAGAAGCAGAUGUUAGGUUUUCUCUCUGUUGUCUGUAACUUAUCACAUAUUCCUCAGAUAAUCGUUUUUUCGAUA